GUCUUGGACAAUAGUUAGUCGAUUUCAAAGUCAAUGUCUCCUCUGGGAAUUUCAGCACACAAAACAUUACGAGUUGCCGAUCUUGCUAUUUCGUUUCAAAGUUACUUUUGAAUUUUAAACCUGAUAGCUUGCCUUUUCCUGAUGUUGCCGAUUUAAAUCACGAUGACAGAGGAUCAAGAGCUGGCAAAUGCUUGCGAGUUUAUAAAAGAUCGACUCUACUUCGCUACGUUGCGGAUCAAGCCAAGGAGCAAUGCAACGACUCAUUAUUUCUGUGUCGAUGAGGAACUCGUCUACGAGAACUUCUACGCAGACUUUGGGCCACUGAAUCUGGCGAUGCUUUUUAGAUACUGCAAUAAACUCAACAAGAAACUGAAGUCGUUCUCCUUAUCAAAGAAAAGAAUAGUGCACUAUACAUCCUAUGAUAGUAGGAAAAGAGCCAAUGCUGCAUUUUUAAUUGGUGCCUAUGCAGUUAUCUACUUAAAAUGGGCACCAGAAGAUGCUUACAGGCCACUUGUUAGUGGAUGUAAUCCACCCUAUUUGCCAUUCAGGGAUGCAUCAUUUGGUAAUUGUACUUAUAAUUUAACCAUUCUGGAUUGCCUAAAUGGUGUACAAAAGGCCUUAGAAAACAAUUUCUUUGAUUUUGGAACCUUUGAUGUUGAAGAGUAUGAGCACUAUGAGAGAGUGGAGAAUGGGGAUUUAAACUGGAUUGUACCAGAAAAGUUUCUUGCAUUUGCUGGCCCUCAUGAAAAGAAAAAGAUUGAAAACGGAUACCCUCUGCACUCUCCAGAGUCCUAUUUCGAAUACUUCCGGAAACACAACAUAAGAACUGUUAUCCGGUUAAACAAGAAAAUGUAUGAUGCCAGAAGAUUUUCAGAAGCAGGAUUUGACCAUUACGAUUUGUUUUUCGUCGAUGGAAGCAUUCCCAGUGAUGCUAUUGUUAGGAAAUUUUUGGCUAUUUGUGAAAACGCUAGAGGAAGCAUUGCAAUUCAUUGCAAGGCUGGGUUGGGUAGAACAGGCACUCUGAUUGGCUGCUUCAUCAUGAAGCAUUUCCACUUCACUGCUGCUGAAACCAUUGCUUGGAUGAGAAUUUGUCGACCAGGAUCAAUAAUUGGUCCACAGCAGCAUUUCCUUGAAGAAAGACAAACAAACCUUUGGAUUCAAGGAGACAUAUUUAGAUCGAAGCAGAAAAGUUCAGAUGCAGUUUUGACAAUAGAUAGGAAAAAGACUACAGUUGAAAACAUAAUGAAUGGUUUUGAUGCAAUCAACCUUGCUGAUCCCGAAGAUGAAAGGCACAAAUCUCGAAAGGAAGCAAAACCAGCCACUCGAUCCUCUGUUCGAAUGCACAGGCAUUUGCUGUCAGACAGUCUAAACUUAGAACCGAAUAACAACAAUUCAGCUGGGAGCUUUUUUAAUGGAUUUGACAGUCGAUGCACAGAAGACACUGGGGAUACCCAAGGAGAUGAACUGCGAAGGCUCAAAACAAGUCGAUCAAGAUUCACUAGAUCCGCAACAACUGGACUGCUUUUGAAAGAUGACAUAAAGCAGCCUCAUUCGCGAACCAGUUCAUCGCAACAUAUACGUGCUAGUGGUCUGUCAAUAACAGGAACCAGUCCUGUAAAAACAACGAGAUUAAACCAUGCAUUGCCACACAGAACAACUAGAUCUGCAGCAACAAACCCACAUGCUCUGAGAUCAAAAACUCACAGCCGCCAGACGCCACGUCAGAUAAGCCUGAGUUUAACGACAACUAUGGCGGGAAAAUGACAAAGACUUUUUGCAUGCAAGCGACUUCAUUAUAAUUCACCAUAUUGCCAUUCGCACAACACUUGGUCGAGAGGCGGCAGGCUAAGGUGCUAUAGCGACAGCCACUGCUCAUGAAUGUCAUCCAGGCGACCUCUCUUCCUUUCUAGCCUCUGGUCGAGGUGGGUAUCGAUCUGGCUAGACCCGUCGGAAGUAGCUGGCAUUCCUAACUGUUGGAUUGUAGUUUUAGGGGCAUAUACAAGGGUGCUAACCGCAAGGCUGUAGAACAGUAGGGAUUGAAAAGGCCAGAUGGUAAAAGAGCAGAGUUUUAACUGUAUUGAUAAACCUAUUUUGUUUUUACUAUAACAUUUUGAUUUGUAUCACUAAAAGUAUUAUUUUCAAAGCAAGGGAGUAGAGGAAUUUAUUUUGCUUUUAUAGGCUAGAACCUGACCGUCGAAGAUUAUAAAGGAUAAAUUGAAGCGACCCAGCACUCAGUUUCUAACAAAUACAAUUAAGACCCUCCCGUUCGAUAAAAACUGUCUUUAUAAGCUAUGCCGUUGGUACUAGUCUUGAAUGCAAUUUUCCCUUUCACCUUCAAGAAUUGGCUGGUUUUCCUCUUUUUGAUUGGUAUGUCGAGAGGAAAUAAGACAAAUACGUUUUAUUCGUACCAACUGUUAUUUUAACUCUUCUUUUAUUUGAAACAAAGCAUUUUAUUUCUAAUAAAGCAUUUAAACUUUUAGGUUGUAACCAAUUUGUAUUUGCAGUGUGGUUUUAUAUUCGUUGAAGUCAUAGAGACUUGAUUAUCCGCCCUAGGAUAAGAAAUGGUGGCUAUGUACCAACUCUUUUGUCAAGAACUCAUUUGGGAAAUAACAAUUUAAGGCAUAUUGUCUUGGCAUAAGAUAAUUUAUAUUGGCUGUGUUUUUCUGCUCAAUGUAAGGGCUACGUUUUUUUCGAUACACUGUCAUGAGUCUGCAAGUUUUAGGGUAUUGAUAAAACCAAAGAUCAAGGCUAUUUAGCUAGUCGUUGGGAUCCAGGCCUCUAAAGAUAUUCUACCAGAAUGCGGAUUUCGUUCAUAAAUUGGAAUCUGAAAUAGAUUCAUUUGACAGUUAAACACCUUUUUCAAAAUGACGGAACUUUUAGGCGUUCUGUCUAGCUGCCUUUGGUAUCGUUUAGAUUUCAAUUUUCGAACUGUAUCCUUUUCCGAAGUUUACCCAGGUUUAUAUCCAACCUUUUUUAUGUUUGAAAUCCUCAGGAUGCUACCCCAGCUUGCCUGUGGGUGGAGCUCAGAUUUAUCUCGAUUCUUAAGUUCCUUUAACCAAACCUGAGACAUUUUGAAACCAUUUAUUCCAGCAGCUUUCGAUCUAUAAGUUUCUAACCAUACUUAAACAUUCAAAUCGGAGUCAUUGAUGUUGAAAUAGGACCAGGGGUGUGGCAUGGAAAUCUUUUGUACUGUUUAAAGGAAUAGGCUUCUUUCCACAUAAGGUCGUGUUGCCUUGUUAGAGAAAAUGGCCUAACAUUGUUGCCCAAUAUUAUUACUUCAACCAAGCGUAUGAACAUCGAUCGUAUAAUUAUGGUCUGUAUCCCAGGUCGAAAAAUUCAAAUUACCCAAGGUAGCUUUGUUAUGCCCUGUUAUGUCUACAAUUUUCUAUGCGACUUUUGUAUGUGUCAUUUCGUAAUGAAUAUUUGCAGCAAUUGUCAGCUUUCGUCUGAUAUUACGGUAGCAAUGCCAGUGAAAAAUAGCUUUAAUCGAGUUAUCGGUUGAUUAAAGCUUACUAGCCUACAAUUUAAAUCUCUUUGUGCUUCUCAGCAUAAACUGUUUUCAAUAAAACUGUAGUAUUAGAUUUUAUGUAACAAAACCAUGUAUUGUGGCAAACACUUAGAUGGAAGUAAUAACUAUUGCCCUGGUUGUACAGUAUAGCACUUGGUAUUUUAUAUGUAUUUUUAUAACUUAUGUAGGGAUAUUCAUGUUCUUAGUGCAUGUAAA